AACAAAAGUCCUCACAACACAAACAUAACACUACUCAAAUAUUUCCCAGUUACCCGCAGCUUUUGGUUACAUUUCGAGUGAGAGCUUGCAGCUAGCGAUGGCAGCCAUUUCUUCAUACAAGAUUAUACUGGGUUCCUCCUCCGUCGCACGCCGCAAGAUCUUGUCCGAAAUGGGAUACCAAUUCACCCUAAUGACUGCAGAUAUCGAUGAGAAGAGCAUCCGGAAAGAAACUCCAGAAGAAUUAGUUAUGGCCCUAGCUGAAGCCAAGGCCAAUGCCAUUAUAUCCAAACUUCAAACUACUGGUAAUCUAAACAGUGUAGAUGAACCAACGAUAUUAAUUGCAGCUGACACAGCAGAAGCCAUCAUACAAAGGCUCCCUGUUGAUGACUAUUUAAAGGAUGCCCAGCCAACAUUAUUAAUUACUUCUGACCAAGUGGUGGUCUAUGAAGGUGUGGUUAGGGAAAAGCCAUCUAGCAAAGAAGAAGCUCGGCAGUUCUUGAAAGAUUAUUCUGGAAGACAUGCAGCAACUGUGGGAUCUGUACUAGUAACAAAUCUCAAAACAGGAUUGAGAAAAGGAGACUCAGAUCGUGUGGAGAUUUAUUUCAAUGAAAUACCAGAUGAAAUCAUUGACAGGCUGGUUGAUGAGGGAAUUACUCUGAAUGUUGCUGGGGGCCUGCUAAUAGAGCAUCCUUUAAUACUGCCAUUUGUCAAAGAAGUGGUAGGGACAACCGAUAGUGUGAUGGGGCUUCCCAAAAGUCUGACUGAAAAACUCUUGAAAGAGGCCCUGUAGCUUGAGUUUCCAUUCCACCUUGUCGUACGGCUAAAUAAUGGCUUCUACUUGCUGUCUCUUCUGGUAGCAGCUAUGUUUCUGCUGGGAUGUACUGUGUUGCAGUUAUGUCUGAAAUGAUUAAUUGGUAUUCUGAUUAAGUUGGUAAAUUUUCCCUCAUUUUAUUAGUAAUGUAAUGCUGAAUUGUGACUUAGUAUUCAACUAUUAAUUAGUUUUUUAGAAAAAGAAUCACAUACUAACAUCUUAGUUAUGCAAAAUAAUUCAAUUCAGAUUCAGAUACUGUGAAACAUGAAGGACUAGGGUGGUUGGAAAUACACUACUAUACAGAAAUUGAGGACAACAUGGACGAUAUGAUUGUAAUUGUAUCUCCUUGGACAUUUCUGGCUGAGAAAUUAUUAGUUGGUAGGUCAUGUCAUCAUCGAUUAGUUUUUGUGCAUAUGAAGGUGAACUGCUUACAUACUACGCUCUUUUACUUGUUAAAUUUGGCAAAGUUUUCAAAUAAUAAAGGUUUUGUGGUGAUUAUUGUUUA